AUGGGUGCCAAUGGUAAUGAGAGCAGCUUUAACCCUGGAAGUUGCAACCCAGAUACUAUGGAAGGAUACAAGUAUUUUGUCUAUGGAGAGUCGCAGCAAAGCAAAAAGAAUGGGCAUGGCCUAAGUGUUAAAGAUUUGAGGUCACAAGUUACCUUGGACAAAAUUUGGCAAUGUGAUGAUAGCUUCCUGCCAAGCUCCAUCAACAUGAAGGGGAAGGAUCUGAGCCUGGCCUUUGCGUUGUAUCGGUUACUUCGGUGUAGGCUGGAAGGAGCAACGCUGCAUGCAGCCACAGUUCACAUGAACAGAAAGCUAGUCAGCAAGAGGAUCCUCUCAGAUAAUGCUGGAAAAGAACUGUUCGAUAUCCUGGAGCUGGAUGUUGAGUUCCUCCGGGACUCACUCCAUACCAGUUAUCCUAUGGUCUUCUGCAGAGGGCUUCUGUCACUCUCCUUCACUCUUCUACUGUCUUUGGUGAAGGUAAGCAUGGCUUCAUGGCUUUAUGCAAAGAUCGGUAUCACGGCGGGAGCCAUGUACACGAUAUUGAUGUUGGAGAUGUUUGAGAUGUCUAGGUAUUUCAUAUCUAACUGGUCGAAACUAGUCGCUAUAUGCCACUUUGUGAAUGCCAGAAACAAAUGGCAGAAAUAUGUCGUUAUGAAUAUAUUAUUCAGAUUCCCUGCCAAAAUUUUAGGACAUAGGGAAGGGAUUAUAGUAACUGGCCAGUCUGUCUUACUGCAACCAUUCAGCUCAAGGAUGUCAGUGUGGAAAAUGAUCUCUUUUAAUUUCAAAAGAAAUCAAAACAAAAGUACAGUUCAUCUAAAAGUAAAAAGAAAUAGUAGUGUGGGCAAGAGUGAGAAGGCAGCAGUCAUCCGAGCACUGCGCUCCAUGGACCUUGAGGGCCAUCCUCUGUCAAGAGACCUCCCAUCGCCACGUGUCAGUGACAGAGCAGAGAGUUAUUGGUUGGCAUGCCUUGAAGAGUUACCAAGAUGCUCCCGUGUUAUUCUGGUCUGGCACAUCGCAACAAGCCUCUGUGCGAUCAAUCUUGCCAAUGAUCGUAGGAUCAACUUAACCAGCAAGUUUCAGAAGGCACAUGAUGUGGCCAAUUUCUUGUCAGAGUAUUGUAUGUACCUGCUUAUUGCAAAGCCCAAACUGCUCCCUGAAACCAUUUUGAUGUCUAAGAAGACCUGCCAAGAUGCUGUUCAGUGUGCUCAGGAAAUGCUUAAAGAUUGUCACUCAUAUGCGAACAAGAAGCUUAUGAAAGAGGAGCAGAAAGCUCUUGUUCCAGGCACACAUGAUGAUGAUGUAAAUCUGAGUGGAAACAUAUUGUAACAAGGCGCUUUACUGGCGAAUGCACUCAUCAAGAAGGAGGGCCAAGCAUGUCUCUGGGAGAUCCUAGCUGAGGUGUGGGGUCACUUGAUUGUGCACAUUGCUCCCAGUUCCAAUGUAGAAGCUCACGCCAAGGAUCUCAAGUCUGAUACUGAGUUCAUAACCCUCAUUUGGGCUUUGUUUUGUCAUUGUGGCAUCGAGAAAAGCGAAUUAUGGCAGGAGAAGAAGGGUGCAAAGUCUGGGAACGACACUCCUGGACUGGUUAACCAGAGCAGUCCUGCUUCUGGCAUGUCCUGAAACCUGAAUUGCUGAUGGCUAAUGCUCUGCUCCCCUCAUGUUUUCAGUUUUCAGUAAAGUGUGCAUCUCAUCAUAACGUUCGAACAUUUGUAUUUGUUUCUGGAGAUUGUAACAUGUGUGGAUGUUUUAUGGAUUGUGAUUGUAACAGGGGAAUGCCCUUGGUGCAAUAUUAUGUGUUAUGCUUUUUUUUUUAGAGAAUCAUAUUAUUGUCUGGAUUGUGAUCGUAUUACUCGGAAAUAAAUUGGGGUACGUUCUGAUUGUGGUCU